GUGGCGGCCUGGUGGCGGCGGUGCUGUGCGGCGCGGCGGGGAGCGGAGCUGAGCGGGCGGCGCGGCUCGGCCCGGCGAGAUGGUGAAGCUGACGGCGGAGCUCAUCGAGCAGGCGGCUCAGUACACCAACGCCGUCCGCGACCGCGAGCUCGACCUGCGCGGCUAUAAAAUCCCUGUUAUUGAGAACUUGGGUGCCACUCUGGACCAGUUCGAUGCAAUUGAUUUCUCAGACAAUGAGAUCCGUAAACUGGAUGGAUUUCCCCUGUUGAGGAGGCUGAAAACUCUUCUGAUGAAUAACAAUAGGAUUUGUCGGAUUGGUGAAAACCUUGAACAGGCUCUGCCCAGCCUGACCGAGCUGGUCCUUACCAACAACAACAUUGCUGAACUGGGUGAACUGGAUCCGUUGUCAACUAUCAAGUCCUUGACGUACCUGAGCAUUUUAAGGAAUCCUGUAACAAAUAAGAAGCAUUACAGAUUAUAUGUCAUCCACAAAGUCCCCCAGGUCAGAGUGCUGGAUUUUCAAAAAGUGAAACUCAAAGAGCGACAGGAAGCAGAGAAAAUGUUCAAGGGCAAACGGGGUGCACAGCUUGCAAAGGAUAUUGCCAGGAGAACAAAAACCUUCAAUCCAGGUGCUGGUUUGCCAACUGACAAAAAGAAAGCUGGGCCAUCCCCAGGGGAUGUGGAGGCCAUAAAGACUGCUAUAGCAAAUGCCACAACUCUGGCCGAAGUGGAGCGACUGAAAGGCUUACUGCAGGCUGGGCAGAUCCCUGGCAGAGAACGGAAAUCAGGCCCGUCGGAGGACGCUGAGGAAGAAAUGGAGGAAGACACGGUCCCCAAUGGCUCCUAGGCCCUGGUGGGGCCCGGCAUCCAUCCUGCUCCCCACAGAGCCCUUCCCUCUCCUGGGCUGUGCUCCCCGCCGCGGGCAGCCGCUGCUCCCCGUACCCUGUCCUGGCGCAUUUCGGCGUUCAAUAAACGAACGUUUCCUUUUU